AUGCAUUGUGGACCGCUGUACCAAUUCCUGUGGCUUUGGCCCUAUCUGUUCUACAUUGAAGCUGUGCCCAUCCAAAAAGUCCAGGAUGACACCAAAACCCUCAUCAAGACGAUUGUCACCAGGAUCAAUGACAUUUCACACACGCAGUCAGUCUCCUCCAAACAGAGGGUCACUGGUUUGGACUUCAUUCCUGGGCUUCACCCUGUCCUAAGUUUGUCCAAGAUGGACCAGACAUUGGCGAUCUACCAACAGAUCCUUACGAGUCUGCCUUCCAGAAAUGUGAUCCAAAUAUCUAAUGACCUGGAGAACCUCCGGGACCUUCUCCACCUGCUGGCCUCCUCCAAGAGCUGCCCCUUGCCUCAGGCUAGGGGCCUGGAGACGUUGGUGAGCCUGGGCGGUGUCCUGGAAGCCUCCCUCUACUCCACAGAGGUGGUGGCCCUGAGCAGGCUGCAGGGGUCUCUGCAGGACAUGCUGCAGCAGCUGGACCUCACCCCUGGGUGCUGA